GUGUGUGUUUCUGUUGACUUGACCCAACCGCUCUCUGAAUCUGAUCCUAAUACGAACCUAACGCCAUACCUAUUGUGUUCCUAUUUUGAGGGGUUUUCCACGUCGGUGUCACGGUUUCCCACGGUCAGGCCACCCAUGUAUCUUGACUAUCCUGACAGUUCAAACAUGAGAGACCGCAAGAAAGCACCACCUUUCCACGAGAGUGAGCUGAAGUUGCUCAUGCAACUGUACUGCGAUUCUUACGAAGAGUAUCAUGGACGUGGGCGAGAAAACGGAAAAAAUGGCGGCCAGUCCGAUAAGAAGAAUUUAUUACGACGUUUCGCUAAAGAGGUUUCAAACCUUGGAUUUUAUCAGCGUACCGAGAAACAGAUUGAAGAACGUUUACGAGCUGACUGUAAACGUGUUCGCAAGCAUGAGCGAGCACGAAGUCAUGAAGGACAAGAGGCGGUGCUAAACAGUCUGCCAACAUACCUACAUCAAUUGUAUGAAUGCCGCAAAAACAAGGCCAACGGUUCCGGUUUAUUGGGUUUGUAUAAAGAUGAUGACUAUGACCUCAAUGAAGAAGAUACACCUAGCACAUGGAACAAGGUUGAGGUUAUCACCCCUCGUGAAGGCACACCUGCGGCUGAGCAGUCGUCUGGUGAAGGACUUCGCAUGGAAAUAGAAGACCUUAUCGAGGAAUCGACCGCCACAUCGACGACAACUCCUCUAACAAAAAAAUUGCCACGAAAACUCGCCAAAGCAAUGAGGAUGAGAGAGUCUCCGAGUUCAUCCAUGGAUCAACGAUCAGUGUUGUAUGAGGAAGAAAUCAAGCUGUCAAUGCUACGACAACAGUUGGCACUUGAAGAAUUAAAGUUGCUGGUGAUUAAAAACGAUCUUGCUCGAGCUCAACUAGAAAGGGAAACGAUAGCCACAGAACGAGAACGCUUUGAACUGGAACGAGCCAAGCAUGAACAAUAUGCAGAAGAGCUGAAACUAUUCUCAUUACAACAAGACCUGGCUCGAGCUCAGCUGGAAAAAGAGAUGAUUGCAUUGGAACGUGAACGACUUAAAUUGGAGAGGGAGAAAAAGCAAUUUGCCAACCAAGAUGGUGAGAUUCCGUCCUGA